CGUUGGUGUCUCUGGCCGCUCUGGCCUCUGGCCUCGAGCUGUUCGAGCUCGAGCACUCGAGCUUUGCAGUCGAUUGUCGAUCUAACCUUAUUAAUAUAUUUAUGAUUGUGUGUUAAACAUUUUUUUGUUUCUUGCGAGCGAAUUUACUAUAUCGUAAUUACUUGUGAAAAAAUAUAUUACUCUCUUCAGUGAAUAUUUAACAAACAGUAAGAAAUAAUGGGACGAAAGUAUACUAAAAAUUUGCCCCUUUGUAAGCGCCGAAUAUCUCGCAAAAAAGGCUGGAUGAAAAGACGGAUGGCAAUGCGAAAGCUAGAUAAAACACAAGCUGAGAAUGCCGAUAAUGCUGAGAAAGUAACUAAUAUUCAGCUUUCUAUUAAAUCUGUAACCGACAUAAAUGUGGAAGUUGAGACUGGAAUCCUGCAUUGUCCUAAUCAAGUUAAGGAAGAAGAAAUUGAUAACGAGGAACUAAUUGAGACAUACAAAGAAGAAAGCAUAUACAAUGAAAAUGUCGGAUAUUACAAGGAUGAGAAUAAUUUGGUUAUAGAAAAACAGUGCUUUUUAGAUAAAGAAAAGAAAAUAGAAAUAUAUGAAGAAGUAUAUGAAAUAUAUGAAGAAGAAGAGAAAAGCACAUACAAUGAAAACCUUGAAUAUUGUGAUGAUAUGAAGGAUUUAAUUAUAGACAACAACAACUUAUCAGAUAGAAUUAAUAAUAUACCAAAGAACAUACCUGAAGGUCGAUACAUAGUGGACAUUGCUUACAUGUGGAACAAGAUCCAUCAGAUAUUCGAUAACCAUGCACGGGGUAUAGAAUGCCAGUUCAAGUAUUGGCAACUAGUAAAUUUUCGUCGUCGCGGGUUAUUAACACAAUUAUUUUUUAAAUGUCAAAUGUGUAAAUAUGAAAGUAGUAUUUGGACAGAACCUAUGCAUCCAGAAAAAUCAGAUAUUAAUGCAGCUGCUGCAGCUGGAUGUGUUGAAGUGGGCAUUGGUUAUACUCAGAUGAGAAAACUAUGUACAGCUAUGAACAUUAAAUAUAUGUCUGAGUCGACUUAUAUAAAAAAUCGGGAUAAUUUAAAAUUUUGAAUGACUGAUGAGUAACUCUGUAAGUAAUAGAUUAUGAAAAAUUAUUUUCUUUUUGUUUACCAUUUACAUAGAGUCAAUCCUGCAAAUUAUCCAUUUUUAUUUGAGUUACAGCGCAGGAUCACGUUAUGUAUAUUAUUAUAAUAUUUUUAGUUUGUGUAUGUGUAUAUGUGGGCAUGUGGAGAUGUUUUCUUAUACAUACGAAAGCUGUUGUAGCUAAGCAGGAGGAAUUCGUAUAUAUUAAUGAUGCUUUCAAUAAAUUUUAAGAUUAUAUUAGAGAAUAGAGUGCAAACCAAUAAAAGAAACAUGCAAGUUUUUUUUUUUUUUUUUUUUGGUUAUGAUAAAAUUAUGAUAAACUUUCUAGCAAUUAACAUGCUAUUAAAUUUAUUUGUUUGUAUCUAAAGAUUGUAAUAGGAAACUAUUUAUGCUUUAUUACUGUGUAUUACAUAAUUCAUAUCUGUGUGCAGUAUAAGAUUAAUACUUUACUACAUUAUUAUAAAGAUAUUAGUUUUAGUAAGAUAGAAUUUAUUAAGAUUUUGCUCUUUAAUUAAUACUGUUAAAAUACUUUUGCAAAUGCAAGUUAUGUGAUUAAUGAUUAAUAAUAUCAGCAUAAAAAUUAAAAAUAUUGUUAGAAAAAGAUAUAUAUUUUUAAAUAAAAAUAUAAUAUGAUUAUGGAAAUAAGAUGUUUGUUUAUAUAUAAAAGGUUAUUAUUAAAAACAGAAUGGUGUUAUAU